AUCCGACAUCAAAUCGAAAGUAUACUGAAUGAGGAAAUCACACUGGCGAGACGUAUCGUCCUCUCCUGCACCUGCACACUUCUGAUUUCAUUUGAAAACUUAUUUACGUAUUUAUUUGUUGUUUCACUUGAAAAGUCUGCUCAGUCAUGUCAAAGACGUCGACCCUGAAGAUAAGCAGCGCGUCCGCGGUGAAGGUGGAAAACUUCCGCCAGUCCCUGUAUCACGAGGCAGAGAAUCUCUUCUCCAACUACAUCCCCCUGAAGAUUGUACAGCUGGACGCUCUGCUUAGGGAUGACGCCCUCAGUCUCACAGACAUGACCUCGCUCCAGGCCCCCCUGGACAUCCCCAUACCCGACCCUCCUUCCCCAGAGGAGGAGGAAAUGGAGACGGAUAAGAAUGAAGACGAUGAGAAGAAAAAGAAGAAAGCUCCAAAAUGCGGCUUCGUCAAGGGGAAUGAGAAGAUUAUGAUGCUUCUAGAGAGGGUGAAACCAGAGAUUGUUGCUUUUAGAGAGACCAUCAUCAAUGUCUCCUGCUGGAUUCAGCACCUCAUCCCAAAAAUAGAAGAUGGAAAUGACUUUGGUGUUGCCAUCCAGGAGAAAAUCUUGGAGAGAAUUGCUGCAGUGAAGACCAAAGUUGACGGUUUUCAGACCAACAUCAACAAGUACUUUUCAGAGAGGGGAGAUGCUGUUGCAAAAGCUUCCAAAGAGACUCAUGUGAUGGACUACCGCUCACUCGUCCACGACAAGGACGAGGCCAUCUACUCUGAGAUCAGAGUGAUCGUCUUCGACAUUCGCGGAUUCUACGCCGAGCUUUACGACAUCAUCAACAAGAAUCUCGAAAAGGUGACCAAUCCGAAAGGAGAGGAGAAACCAUCCAUGUACUGAAGCAGCAGGGAAGGGGAGGAGAUGUUUGGUACAGCGUCUACAAUAACACUUCACUUGGUGUAUUCAAUUAUCAGUCAACUCUCUCUGUUCAGUAAUACUGCAUGUGUGUCUGAAUCAGUUUUGCUUAUUCUUCUCAAUAAACAUAAAAAAAACCAACUGAAUCAAAGUUUUAUCGCUGCUGUUGUAUGAUGAAGUUUUGUUGCAAACACUUGCACUAAAUUUUAGUUGUACAACUAUGAGUUCAAAAAAAUUAAAGAAAACCUUGUUUUUUUCAAA